AUGGAAUCCAACGAGAAGAAACCGCUCUUCCUUAAAGAAGACACUAUGCGCUCAAAAUCAAACGAUGGAAACGAAGAGCCUGGUUCGACUUCCAAUCUGACUCCUUCAUCAAGCGGCUAUUCAGCAAUCGCAGGGUAUGUUUUACCGGGCGGCGAUUCGGCAGUAGGACCCGGGUCAUCUCUCCCUCGAUUCAUCACACCGAUCACGCUCGUCUGGACGAACAUCUCCGUGACAUUGGAACCAGCACCGAAGCGAUGCAGGUGGUUCGCGGGGAGUACGGAGUCGGAUGACCGAUCCAAGGUUAUCUUGAGAGACGUGUCUGGAGUUGCUGAGCCAGGAACGUUGACGGCAAUCAUGGGCGCCAGUGGAUCGGGCAAAUCAUCGCUACUGAACGCCCUAACUGGCCGGAAUGCGGACACCCUGACCGUGACUGGUCAGAUACAAGUCAACGGGACCGAAGUAGACGGAUCGCUGGCUGGGAUUUCAGCCUAUGUCCAGCAAAACGAUCUCUUCAUGGAGUGGUUGACCGUCAAGGAACACCUGUUGUUUCAGGCUUCGGUGAGAAUGGACAACUCGGCCUCGACCGAAGAGCGACGCCAACGUGUGGAUGAAGUAAUUCGCUCUGUCGGUCUGAGCAGGUGUAUGGACACAGUCAUCGGUAACCCACAGCGUGGAGUCAGUGGAAUAUCGGGUGGAGAAAGGAAACGACUUGCGUUUGCUUCAGAAGUGUUGACCAACCCCUCCUUACUGUUCUGUGAUGAGCCUACCACGGGACUAGAUUCCUACAUGGCACACAGCGUGGUCUCAACACUGAAGAACUUAGCGAGUGAUGACGGUCGUACAGUCAUGUGUACAAUACAUCAACCACCAUCGGCGAUUUACCGCAUGUUCGAUAGGUUAAUUCUUGUCGCUCAGGGCGCGAUUGCUUUUGAAGGAAGCCCGAAAGAUGCCGCUGCCUUUUUUGAAAGCUUGGGACAUUCGUGUCCACCAAAUUACAAUCCCGCUGACUACUUUAUCAAGACUCUUGCCAUUAGGCCGUCGGAGGGGGAACAAUGCCGACAGAGAGUCCAGGAGAUAACGGCAGCUUUCUUGAAGUCACCAUACUUUGAUGCAAUAAAAGAGAAAAGUCUGUCACACUGCAACCAGGAUAUGAAACAAGAUGGAUUUACAUCUACAGCCGCUGAAUCGCCCUACAAGGCUUCUUGGUGGCGCCAAUUCACGGCUUGCGUGAGGAGAGCCUACCUGAGCAACAAGCGGGAACCAUUAACAUCCAAGAUACGUCUUGUGCAGUCAAUAGUUCUUGGUCUCAUACUUGGCCUUGUGUUCCUUCAAGGGAAGAUCGACCAAGAUGGAGUCCAGAACAUAACUGGUGUCCUGUUCCUGCUGGUGUCCAACUCGGCAUUCGCGAACACUUUCACAACAGUCCAGGUCAUACCCAAUGAAAUUGCUCUGAUGAAGAGAGAGCAUUACAGCGGUAUGUACAGAGUUGACGCUUGGUUCCUUGCGAAGUUCGUCACGGAGCUUCCGGUCCACGUAAUUCUGCUUCCGUUGAUUCUAGUCCUCAUUCCAUACUGGAUGAUUGGUCUGUAUCCUGCUGCGGUUAAUUUCUUCACAACCUACCUGGUUAUUUGCCUGUCCACCGGUACGGCCAUUUCCUUCGCGUAUUUCUUGUCUUCUGUCAGUCGUUCCAUUUCCAUGGCCUUGGCUAUAGCGCCCCCUUUCGCCUUUGCCUUUAUGCUGCUUGGUGGUCUGUUUAUUAACGUUGCAGACAUUCCCGUGUGGCUAGGCUGGUUUUCCUAUCUUUCUUGGUUCCGUUUUGGAUUUGAGGCGUUGCUCAUCAAUGAAUGGUCCAACAUAGAUGAAAUUGAGUGCCCAUCAAACUGGACUGCCCCGUGCAUUGAAGACGGUCAGAUGGUGUUGGAGGCAUUCUCCUUCAAAGAGAGUCAUUUCGGCAUGGAUCUGUAUUGCCUGGCUAUCCUUUUCAUUGGAUUCCGCCUGCUAGCUUUCAUCAUUCUGCUGUACCGCUGCAGACGACAAGUGAAGCAUUAGGAGUCGACGAAUUAAUACAAAAAUAGUGUGGAUGACAUAGAAUGAAAGUCAUGGUGGGGGAAACUUAAGAGACCUUAAAUAAAAGCAAAUUAUAGGCCCUAUCGUAGUUUAUAUUUAACGUAAACUUAUAGUACAACGUAAAUGAAUAUGGGGCAGAGACAUGGGCAGCAAGCAAUGACCAAAGAGAUGGAACAAAAAUUGAUAACAGCACAGAGAGCCAUGCAAAGGAGAAUGCUCAAUCUAUCAUUACGGGACAAAAUCAGACAUACCUUCAUAAGAUAAACAAAACCCCAAAGGUCAAAGAUAUCAUAGAGAAGAUCAAGGAAAUGAAAUGGAGAUGGACAGGGCACCUAGCAAGAAGACAAGACAACAGAUGGACCAAGAGACUCACAGAAUGGCAACCAAGGACAGGCAGAAGAAGAAGAGGCCGACAAAGGAGAUGGAGAGAUGAAAUCGAUCACCACAUACAUGAACACGUACGGCAACAUGGAGUAGAAUGACAAACAGAAGAGAAUGGAAACUGCUUGAGGAGGGGUUCCUCCAACAAUGGAUGACCACCAGCUGGGUGGAGUCAUAGUACAUCAUAGUAGUAAUGUAUUACUUUGACCUUAAUUUGCAUGUUUACCCAAAGUGGGCGUGGA